AUGGUUAGCACUGACUUGUUAAGGAUUAGAUACAAAAUUCCUCAAAAGAAGUUAUUACAGCUAUUUAAAGCAGAUGAAGUUCCAAAGGAUAUUGUGACGGGAAUAAAUAUCAUGAAGCAGAAGGAUCAUUUUGAAGAUAACUUCAACGGUAUGAAGAUAACAGACUGCAAUGUGAAUUGCAGUCAACAGCCAACACUUGUGAGAUCACAGUUACAUCAUCCUACAGGGAACCUCCAGCAGAGGUCUCAGCCUGGAAAGGACAUUGAUGAGGUUUAUCUCACUGAUGUACCACAGCUUCCAUCAGAGCAUCACUGCCACCAAACCGCUGAAUGUGACACUGGAACACCUGUGAUACAUUACUCAACAGAGUGUCUACUACCAUGUACUCAGCCAGUGAAGGUGUUUGAAGAGCUUUCUCUCACUCCUACUCCAAGACUUCAGUCAGGACAUGGAUGCAGCAGGAACUCUGAAUGUGACAGAACUAAGAGAUUUCACACAAUGAAAGAAACACACAAGUGUGCUGAAUGCAGUAAGUCUUUCACAUGGGCCAGCAGCCUGAAAAAGCAUCAAGUCAUUCACACAGGAUUGAAACCACAUAAAUGUGCUGAAUGCAAUAAGUCUUUCACAUGUGCCAGCAGCCUAAAAAGGCAUCAAGUCAUUCACACAGGAUUAAAACCACAUAAGUGUACUGAAUGCAGUAAGUGUUUCUCAUGGAGAAUCAGUCUUCAAAGGCAUCUUGUUAGUCACACAGGAGUGAAGCGAUAUAAAUGUUUUGAAUGCAGUAAAUGCUUCACACAACUCAGUAGUCUUCGGGCACAUCAUAUCAUUCAUGCAGGUAUGAAACCACAUAAAUGCACUGAAUGUGGUAAUUCUUUCACAUCUGCCAGUAACCUGAAAAGGCAUCAAGUCAGUCAUACAGGACUUAAGCCAUAUAAAUGUACUGAAUGUAGUAAGUGUUUCGCACAGCUAAGCAAUCUUCAACAGCAUUUUGUCAUUCACAAGGGAGAGAAGCAAUAUAAAUGUACUGAAUGCAAUAAGUGUUUCUCAUGGAGAAUCAAUCUUCAAAGGCAUCUUGUUAGUCACACACGAGUGAAGCGAUAUAAAUGUUUUGAAUGCAGUAAAUGGUUCACACAAGUCAGUAGUCUUCUGGCACAUCAUCUCAUUCACGCAACCAUGAAACCGCAUAAAUGCGCUGAAUGUGGUAAUUCUUUCGCAUCUGCCAGUAACCUGAAAAGGCAUCAAGUCAUUCAUACAGGACUGAAACCAUAUAAAUGUACUGAAUGUAGUAAGUGUUUCACACAGCUAAGCAGUCUUCAACAGCAUUUUGUCAUUCACAAGGGAGGGAAGCAAUAUAAAUGUACUGAAUGCAAUAAGUGUUUCUCAUGGCGAAGCAAUCUUCGACGGCAUCUUCUCAUUCACAAGGGAGGGAAUAUGAAGCAGGGUGCAUCUGAAGAGGAUAUGUCACAGGAAGGUGUUGUGGAACUUUUUGUAGAAUACUCACAGGAAAAAGGGAGAACAGAAGAUGCUGUUAGUCCAGAAGAAAAUGAUCUAAGGGAAGACCUAGUUGUUUACUGGAGACCUGAUAAGAUAGAUGUAAGAAUUGAAUUACAGAAAGUAAAUAUGAUCCAAAAUGUUAAAAAUCUGGACAAGAUAAAAACAACUUUAACAUCUCUAGAAUCCAAAGUGAAAGAAUUUAAAUACAUGCAAAACCAUCAUGAGAAGGGAAUUGGAGAUAUAAAAGAAGAUGUUUUUAAUUUGGAGAAAUACAUUAAACAACAAUUUGCAGAAUUGCACCAGUUUCUCCUAGACAAGGAACAACAACUCAUCCAGCAGCUGAAGAGUGAUGAAGCAAAUACUCUAAAACGGAUGGAAGGAAAUCUCGAGUGCAUUAAACAAGAGAUCGUUACCUACCUUGUGACAGACUCUGAUGGCAACUUGGAGGACAAGAUUAAAGAAGAGGACAGCCUGAAAAUAAUGGAAGAAAAUGUUAAAUCUGUUGAAAAUGAUGCUGUGGCCAUUAAGGGCAUUAGUCACAGCAACAUGGAGAUCAGACAACCGGAACCUGUUGGUUUGCUAACAGUACCAGAAACCUUUGAAGAUGUCACUGUUACUUUCACAGAAGAGGAGUGGGAAAUGUUAAGGAAACAAGAUAAGGAACUGUACAGGGACGUGAUGGUACAGAACUACGAAACCUGUGUUUCCGUUGGAUACAAAAUUCCUCCAGAGAAGUUAUUACGGCUUUUUAAAGCAGAUGAAGUUCCAAAGGAUAUUGUGACAGGAAUAAAUAUCACGAAGCAGAAGGAUCAUUUUGAAGACAAUGUCAACAGUAUGAAGAUAACAGACUGCAAUGUGAAUUGCAGUCAACAGACAACACUUGUGAGAUCACAGUUACAUGACCCUUCAGGGAAUCUCCAGCAGAGGUCUCAGCCUGGAAAGGACAUUGAUGAGGUUUAUCUCACUCGUGUACCACAGCUUCCAUCAGAGCAUCAGUGCCACCAAACCCCUGAAUGUGACAAUGGAACAUCUGCAGCACACUACCCGAUAGAGCAUCUACAGUUGUGUGCUCAGCCGCUAAAGAUAUAUGACAAGCUUUUUGUCACUCCUACUCCAAGACUUCAUUCAGGACAUGGCUGCAGCAAGAGCUCUGAACAUGACAGAAGUAAGAGAUUUCACACAAAGAAAGAAACGCACAAAUGUGCUGAAUGCAAUAAGUCUUUCACAUGUGCCAGUGGCCUGAAAAAGCAUCAGUCCAUUCACACAGGAUUGAAACCAUAUAAAUGUACUGAAUGCAAUAAGUGUUUCACACAGCUAAGCAACCUUAGAAGGCAUCUGGUCAUUCACACAGGAGUGAAGCAAUAUGAAUGUACUGAAUGCAGUAAGUGCUUCACACAUCUCAGUAGUCUUCAGGCACAUCGUGCCACUCAUACAGGCAUGAAACCACAUAAAUGUACCGAAUGUGGUAAGUCUUUUACAUGGGCCAGUAGCCUGAAAAAGCAUCAAGCCAUUCAUACUGGAGUGAAACCAUAUAAAUGUACUGAAUGCAGUAAGUGUUUCAGAAAUCUCAGCAAUCUUCGACGGCAUUAUGUCAUUCACACAGGAUUGAAGAAAUAUGAAUGUACUAAAUUUGGUAUGAAGAGUACAGACUGCAAUGUGAAUUGCAGUCAGCAGCCAACACUUGUGAGAUCACAGUUACAUGACCCUACAAGGAAGCUCCAGCAGAGGUCUCAGCCUGGAAAGGACAUUGACGAGGUUUAUGUCACUCAUGUACCACAGCUUCCGUCAGAACAUCAGUGCCGCCAAACCCCUGAAUGUGACAAUGGAACACCUGCAGCACAUCAUCUGACAGAGCAUCUACAGCCACGUGCUCAGCAGGUGAAGGUGUAUGAUGAGCUGUCUCUUGCUCCUACUCCAAGACAUCACUCAGGACAUGGCUGCAGCAGGAGCUCUGAACAUAACACAACUAAGAGAUUUCACACAAAAAAAGAAACACACAAAUGUGAUGAAUGCAAUAAGUCUUUCACACGUGCCAGUGGCCUGAAAUUGCAUCAAGCCAUUCACACAGGAUUGAAACCACAUAAAUGUACUGAAUGCAAUAAGUGUUUUACACAGCUAAGCAAUCUUCAACGGCAUUUUGUUAUUCACACAGGAGUGAAGCGAUAUAAAUGUACUGAAUGCAGUAAGUGUUUCACACAGCUAAUCCAUCUUCAACAGCAUUAUGCCAUUCACACAGGAUUGAAACCACAUAAAUGUACUGAAUGCAGUAAGUGUUUCACACGUCUAAGCAAUCUUCAACGGCAUCUUGUCAUUCACACAGGAGUGAAGCGAUAUGAGUGUACUGAAUGCAAUAAGUGUUUCACACAGCGACACCAUCUUCAACAGCAUUAUGCCAUUCACACAGGAUUGAAACCAUAUAAAUGUACUGAGUGCAGUAAGGCUUUCACACAGCUAAGCAAUCUUCGACAGCACUAUUUCAUUCACACAGGAUUGAAGCGUUAUAAAUGUACGGAAUGCUGUAAGUGCUUUACACAUCUCAGCAGUCUGCAGGCACAUCGUGCCACUCACACAGGUAUCUAAAUGGAGAG